AUGUUUUUUCUUCUUCGUUAUUUUCUUUUUUUUCUUUCUUUUUUUUUUUUUUUUUUCGUUUUUUUUAUUCUCUUUGUCCUCAACCCUGAUCUACUUUCUCCUGCUCGAUUUAUAACCUUUCUCUAUUCUCACCUUCUUGUUCUACCAUGUUUUCUUCUUCAUUAUUUUUCUUUCUUUCUUUCUUUCUUUAUUUCUUUCUUUCUUUCUUUUGUCAUUUCUACAUGCUUUUUCUUUACUCCACUUUUCUUUGUUUUUUUUUCUUUUUAUCUUUCUUUUCCCUUUUUUCGCUAUCUUUUUUUCUUUUUAUUCUCCCUCAUAUUUUCUUCUUUAUUUUUCUAUUUCAUUCACUUCCUUAUCUUCUUUUGCUUUCACUUUCAUUUUCCUUAUAUUGUUUUCGUUUUUACUUUUCAUUGUUCUUAUUUUUAUGGUUUUCAUUUUUCAUUCUACUUCUUCCUUCUUUUCUUUUCUUUUUUUUUAUGUUUAUUUUGUUUGAUUUUUUUUUUUUUUUUUGUAUUCGUUUUCUUUCUUUUUAUUUUGAUCUAUUUUCUUUUUCUAUGA